CCAGCAGAGCCUGAAUGAAUGACUGUGUCCUCCGUCCUGCCCCGAGUCGCAAAUCAUGCUGGUUGUCCGGGAGGAAAACAAAGCUUGAGACCCAAGAUGAAGGCGGAGAAGGACGCUCCUUCAAAAGCCAAAACUAUUUACCAGAUUUUAUUGCUCGUAUGUCUCGGUUUCUUAAAUUCGGGUCAAGUGCUGGCAGUGAACAUGACUAUCCCAAACACUCUCAUCAGAGGCACAGUAGGAGGGGAGGCCCUCAUGUCCGUCCGCUACAGCAGCUUCAGCUCCGACCCGCCGGUCAUCAAGUGGGAGCUCCGGAGGGAAAAGGCCGUCACGGUGGUCCAGUCGAUCGGAACCGACAUCAUCGGGACCCUGAGGCCCGAGUACCGGGAUCGCAUCCUGGUGUUUGAGAACGGGACCCUGCUUCUGCACAACCUGAGGCUCUCGGAUGACGGGACUUAUGAUGUGGAGAUCUCCAUCACAGAUGACGGCUUCGCAGGAGAGGGAAGCAUCACGCUCACUGUGGACGAACCUAUAUCCAGACCGUUUAUCGACAUGGAGACGUCCUCUGUGCUGGAGCUCAGUGAAAACGUCCUCCUCAACUGCUCCCACGAGAACGGGACCAGGACCACGUACAGGUGGUUCAAAGGCGGAAAGCUGCUGACCAACGAGACGAGGUUCGUGUUGUCCCCCGAUCAGAAGCUCUUGACCAUCACGCGGGUGCUGAUGGCAGACGACGACAUCUACAUCUGUGCGGUGGAGAACCCCGUGGGCAACAUGACGAGUCUGCCCAUCAGACUGACUGUCUACAAAAGAAGUUCCCUCUACAUCAUCCUUUCCACCGGAGGCAUCUUCCUGCUCAUCACUCUGGUGACAGUGUGCGCCUGCUGGACGCCGUCUAAGAAGCCGCGUCAUCCACCCAGAAAGUCCCUCACCAGGUUUUAUGACUCUCGUCCCACACCGAUCAGUCACACAGAUGACGUCCUUCCAAAAAUGACUGAGCAUAAUGGGAUAAAUGCAGUGACUUCACUUUACAUCCUCCAGCAAAAGGAUCCCUCCACAGACGACUCUUCCAGCAACAGCAUCGGGUCCCCGACUGAACUCGACAACCCUCCGUGCUACACCAGCUCCCCGAGAUACUCUGGUCCUCUGCCCCAGUCUGCUGGGUCCCCUGCUCGUGGCUCACAUAGAUAUACCUGAAAAAAACAAAACGCAGAGAGGUCACGUCGUCCUACUGAGCUCUGCACACGACUCUGAGGGGUCCUGCUGCACAUACGCUUGGAGUCUGGGAGUUUUUGUGUCAUUACUGCCUGUAACUUAGAUAUAAGUUGUUUUUAAGGUGAGCAGCAAAAUAAACAAACAAAUAAAUAGAUGAAGGCAGUGACACGUUUUAGACGAGCUUUAAAGCCGCUCGUUGAGGUUGUUGUUGGCGAUGCUGUGGAGAGUCUGAGUGAAGCUGAGGCGGCUUCUCUAUCACUGCUUCGUUUGUUGUGUGAUAUUUUCUGUUCAGUGAAUUUCAGCGAUGACUGUAAUAUUUUUUGUGAUAUUUUAGUUUUACUAGAUGAUUUAAUGGCAGCGUAAAGAGAGAGACAGGGACCGGUUUGGAGGUUUAGGAAUUUUAUACUGUAGAAAUUGCAAUAAAAUAGAGAUUUUAAUAAAACGUGAAAAUUC